UUAUACAUGGGAAGUCCAGCGCACUUGAUCCGUCUCGUUUCUUUUACAAAUGACAGUAAUAGUAGGUUUGUAAAGGCGAUUUAUUUAUGAGGUUUAUUUUAUAAACGUAGAAAAAGCGUUUUUAGACUAGUUGUGUGCUCGUUUGUUUUUAGACAGGUUGUUAUUUUUAGACUAAACAUGUCGCUCAGGGGUUGAAUCUGUCCAUCACACUGGGUUUGGUGACGCCUACAAUAAACGAAGACAAACAUGGCAGAAAUGUACAUGAUGCCCAACCCUGGGAUGCCCAGUUACCCACCUGGGCUUGAGUACCUGACACAGAUCGAUCAGCUGCUGAUUAAACAGAAGGUGGAGCUCAUCGAGGCUCUGGUCGGCUUCGAGAGCAAUAACAAGUAUGAAAUCAAGAACUCGUUGGGCCAGAACGUGUUCUACGCAGUGGAGGAGAACGACUGUCUAACGCGGCAGUGCUGCGGCCCUCUGCGCUCCUUCACCAUUCGCAUCCUGGAUAACUUCGGCCAGGAAGUGAUCACAGUCAGCCGACCCCUAAAGUGCAUGUCCUGCUUCUUCCCGUGCUGUCUUCAAGAGCUGGAGGUUCAGUCUCCACCAGGGAACAUUGUUGGUUAUGUGCUCCAAGAGUGGCAUCCUUUCCUUCCCAAGUUCACCAUCCAGAAUGAGAACAAGGAGCCUGUACUGAAGCUGCAGGGACCCUUCUGUGGCUGGAGCUGCCUUCCAGACGUCGACUUUGAGAUUUUGACCAUGGAUGAAGUGAGCAUCGGGAGAAUCAGUAAACAGUGGUCCGGCCUUCUCCGAGAAGUCUUUACAGACACGGAUAACUUCGGGAUCCAGUUCCCCAUGGACCUCGACGUCCGAAUGAAAGCGGUGAUGAUCGGACUCUGCUUCCUCAUUGACUUCAUGUUUUUCGAGACGAACAACUAACCGCUGAGCGAGUGUGAGCAACCCGAACAAAGCAGAAAGAGGAGUAAAAGGGGGUCUGUUCCAAAAAGAGGACUGGGAUGAAUUAAUCCUGUGUCAGCACGAUUACCGAAUCCAAAUAAACCAAAUUUUAAACCAAAUAAUCCUUCAUACGUUCAGCCAGGAUUACGAAAAACAAAAGGACAAUUUCUCAUCAGUAAAACAAAAGUUAUUUUUUUUUUUUGCACCAUAUAAAAAGAAGGCUUAAAAAAAACAACCAAAAAACUAAAUUAAUUUUAAAAACAAAACUAAAAUAAAUACAUAAAUAAAUAAUUGAAACUCUAUUUACUCACUCACUCACUCAUCUUCUACCGCUAAUCCGAACGCUUAUACCUCGGGUCACGGGGAGCCUGUGCCUAUCUCAGGCAUCAUCGGGCAUCAAGGUAGGAUACACCCUGGACGGAGUGCCAACCCAUCGCAGGGCACACACACACACUCUCAUUCUCUCAUGCAAUCACACACUACGGACAAUUUUUCCGGAGAUGCCAAUCAACCUACCAUGCAUGUCUUUGGACCGGGGGAGGAAACCGGAGUACCCGGAGGAAACCCUCGAGGCACGGGGAGAAUAUGCAAACUCCACACACACAAGGCGGAGGCGGGAAUCGAACCCCCAACCCGCCACCGUGCCCCCCCCGCCCUUUGAAUUAGAUUUUCAAAAUGUAAAAGAAAAAAAAAUAAUUUAUAUUUUGAAAACUACUUGAUUUGGUGAAAUCAUUAAUAUGAUUUUCAACGUGAAUAUUCGCUGUGAUGACGCCUGAGGCACAGGCUCCCCGUGACCCGAGGUAGUUCGGAUAAGUGGUAGAAAAUGAAUGAAUGAAUGAAUGAAUGAAAGAAUGAAUAAUUCAAAGGGCUUUAGUGAAAAGUCCCAACAUUUUACAAGUGUUUAAAUAUGAAGGAUUAAACACUGAAGUCACUUAAGCUAAGAGCCUAAAGAUUCUAUCAAAUCCUUGUAUCUGGAAGAAAAGAAAAAAAAAAUCUGGAUUUUCCUCAUUCCCCCUUUCUGGAACAGACCCAGAUCAAUUCCUUAUUAAAUAAAUAAAGCCUUUAUAUAACAAAUUCAUAGAAAUGAGGUAGAAUGAAUUGUUUAUUUAGCCAUUAUGUACUGAACUUUUCUUUUCCUCCCUCUUUUGCCCUGAUCUCCUGCCCCACUUCUCAAGCAGAGCCGUAUAAGCAGUUAAUACCCAUCCUAGCUGCUGUGCCAUGAGGCUUUAAAGCUCAUUUGAUUCUCGCUCCUCCUCCUCCUCCUCCUCCUCCUCCUCCUCAUCCUUCCUGCCUUCCUCAGACUGAAGUACAUAUAGAUAUUUAAAUCCUGUAAGUGUUUAUUGUAGUGUAGUGACUUUGAUUUGUGUUCUUACUUUAACAGAAAAGUAAAAUAUUUCUCACCGAUGAUUUCUAGGGUUUCGCUCUAAUAGCUGAUACGACUGACCAAAACUAUGUGACUCAUUUUUUUUAUUCUGUAAUUAUACCACGGCACUGAUAAAGCCAUUAAUCCAUCCAGGAUAGGCACUAAGACUCUAUUGUAAAGCUACUGUAUUGAUGUUUCUUUUAUUUAUUUGUGGGUUAAUAUUUAGCCAUUUACAUUUGUUUUAAAGUGUCACAUCAAGCUCUUUUUAUUUAUUUAUUUAUUUUUGUUUUGUUUUGUUUUUUAACCUACUUCAUAGUACUACCAAAUGCGUGCAGUAGAGGGCAACAGCAGCCUGGCAAAACCUCUGCACCUCCUAACUUUACUCGUCAGUCUUUUCCUUUUUUUUUUUUUUUUUUUUUUUUUUUUUACUCAGGUAAAUAUGCAUGAAACGUAUGCUUGCACUUUACAAAUGUGUGUGUGUGAGUCUGUGAAGCUGUAGUCCAGUCGACGCGCGUCGUGCUCGUUAAUACAGAAUGUAGUCUACGCACUGCCUUGUUCCACAGGUUUUUAUUAAAUAAAUGAUUUAUUUUCAACUUUCAGAGGUCUCAUGGGUUUUGUGUGGCGACGUUGCGGUAUAAAGUGUUACCCCGAUUGUCAGACAUGUUCUACAAACAUGGGUAAAUAUUUAAUAAAACAUGUUUUUAAAUGAUGGGAAGGAGGAAAUAGAAUCUUAAGCGCUAAAAAACAACUAGUUGAUCCGAAUGGAGUGAUUCUGGGAAAAUAUGAACAGACAUGGAAGCAGAUUAUCUGUGAUUUAGUGAUACGUACUGUAUACAUAUUCACCCCAAUGACAUCAUUGCUGCGUCUCUCAUGUCGCUCGUUUACUGACUUUUGGUGGAUUUCUUUCUCUAGGCAAAGUAU